CCUUGCCACACCCCACCGUUAUGUGGGCCCUGGAGCAAGAACUGGGUGUCCCGUAGGUUUCUGAUCUGUCGGCGGUGUCGUAUCCUACCAAUGGAGACUGAAGUCCUUUGCAACAAAAAGAGCUGGAACGCUCUUCUCGUGCUCGAACAUUGCGAUGCGACCUUGGUUUUGAGCACUUUUCCCUCUUUGACCAUGGCUUCCCGUCAGGCUCGCGUUCAUUCCAGCUCCUCUGGCACCUCUUUGUCGAUCUUUACCGGACGGGUGCGAAAUAUGGCCCACUCAUGGAUAGCGAGCUCCCCGUCUAAACUUGACCCACCAGCAGCAGCAGUUCCGUUCACCGCCCCGAAGCUGCAGUACCUUCCUCCCACAUCCAGUGGAAACGUGCCUAGCUGGUCGAGGGCGUAUCCAUCUUUCCUCGCUCUAUAUCACAACUGCGUGACCAAAGGCAUUAUCACCUACUUAUCGUUAGCUGAAGAGAAGUCCCAAACCCCACUAGAUAUACUUAACACGAGUAUCCGCAACCUUUCUCCUAAUUCAUGUACACUCUGUAUCCAAAUCCCAGUGGUCAACAAGGAAGAGGAAUGGUUUCCAAAAGAUCGAGAUGGCAGGGAACGGAUGGCUCUAGGAAUGAAAGCGAAGGGUGGACCACUACAUGGUGGUGGCGGUAGUGAUGUUCGGCAAUACAACUCAGAGGAGAUACAAACACCCACUCGCCGUCAACGCGACAAACGAGUUGCAGGAACUGCUCUGGAUGGGGUAGACAACAUGCCACCAGCCAAGCGCAUGAAAACAACAGAGGCAGUGCGCAAGGACAAAUUGCCAGACACCACGAUACAACUAUCCACAGCAAGACACAAGACUAUUAACUUGAACCUUCCUGCCAGCUGCUUCGACGACAAUGCCUGGCGUGGUGUAUUCAUCCCGACUAUCGCACAUGCUGCUGGCGGAGAGAACACUGAUCCAUGGUUCAUUGACGAUGACAGUCUGAUCAAAAUCCUCGUGGCAGCUUGGAGGGUUGUGUACUCAGGGAAUCCUCCAUUGAAACACUGCAUUGAUGCAGUCUUACAUGCGUCCAAGCAGUGGUUGAACCUAUGGCGCGUUGGAUUCGGAUCCGCUGCCAUCGUGAUGAUCACGAGCAUCAUGGCAUCCGAUCCCCCUUCCUUUGCAACUUACGAGCAACGCUCCGAGUUUGCUAAUUUUUAUCUUGAAGGAAACCGUUUUCUUUUCAAAAAUUAUCCUUCUGACGACAAGAAGGAGUGGACAGGGAUGUGGCAAUCGCCAUUCAUACUGAAAAUACUUGUGGCUCACCUCGAUUACACUCGAGGUCGUGCACCCGUCGAAUUUCUCGGAAGCGAAGAGCAACACUGUCGAAUCGCACUUGCACUCUCUGCAGCAGCGGUUAAGCGCGCCUUACGUCUCCUUUCGACCGGACAGAUGAGUUUCGAGGUUGCGACCACCGUUGCAAAAGGCAAGAAAAAAGCCAUACGAAAGAGUGAGGUUCAAGCUCAUAGCGGCGACAUAUGGAAGAUUAUGAUGAGCGGCAAUGAUAGCUUCUCCGAAUCGCUCUGGGGGUACGAUAGUCGUAUGUUUUUAAAUGCAAUCAACCGCGUACCCCAGGAAAAUAUGCUGGACAUUGUAAAGGACGCGGAAGCAUUCAUAGGAACCGCCACCGGACAGCCAGAGAUAAAUAGCUCGCAGGAUAUUGAUGAGGAGUACGUCGAUCUCUUUCAUUUUCGAUGAAGACUUACUAGGUCAACUUCGUUGCCCGUUACCCUCGGGCACUUCCAGCAUCCUGUUGCCACCCACACAUAAUCUCAGUCACCUUUCCACUGUUAUCGCCCUAAUUCUCACUUUCUUUGUUUUACCGCAUCGUGCAUCUUACUUGAUCGUUACCACCCCCUUAAAUACAUAUUGAUUGCUGC